UGGUUCUUCUCUCUCUCUCUCUCAAUCAUGGGAUUUUUGGGGAUUAUCUCAUUGAAAUGUUAGAAAAUUAGGAAAGUGGCCAAACGCAAACACGAUAUGAUCUCUAUGUCAUCUCCAACGAAGUGGGGAUCGAUGUGGAUAAGCUUGAAACGAGAUGUUCAUCUUUACAAUUUCGCGUGUAUAAAUGGAACAGAAAUUCAGCUAUUCAAUUUCUUUGUGAAAUUAUCGUUACUGAUAGGUCCAAGAGCUUGCUGGAGUUGGUUAUUUUCAGAAAUGGCUGCAAUUAGACCGACCUUAAUCCACAAGAAUCCUUUCCUUGUUUCAUCAUUUUCAGUCGGGACAAACUCUCUUUCUAUGAAGGAAGAAAUCGACGAAAAUCAUCUGGAAGUGACAUCUAAUCGCAAUCACGAGCUGGAGGUCUCAAGAAACUCAUUAGGGCUUGCCCAAGAACGAUCAUCAAGGAUGGGAGUGAAAAAUGUGGCUCAAGUAAAGGAUGCAGAUAAGGUGUUUGAUGAAAUGAAAAUGAGAUUUCUGAGUUUUAAGAAGCACAAGUACUUGAAAAAUUUAGAGCAUUUUCAAGCUCUGGCAGAGCUACAAGCCCCUAAGUUCAUGGUGAUUUCUUGUGUCGAUUCUAGAGUAUGCCCAUCUAACAUUCUUGGAUUUCAACCCGGAGAAGCUUUCACCGUUCGCAACGUAGCGAACAUCGUUCCGUCAUGGGAGAAUGGACCAACUGAAACCAAUGCAGCCCUUGAAUUUGCAGUAAAUACACUUAAAGUUGAGAACAUUUUAGUCAUUGGCCACAGUAGCUGUGCUGGAAUUCAGAGCCUUAUGAGCAUGGAAGAUGAUGCUACCGACUCAAGCUUAUUCUGCUAUGGUAGCUUUGUUCAUAAAUGGAUGGUGAAUGCAAAAGUUGCUAAAUUAAGAGCAAAAGCUGCUGCUGCACAUCUUAAUUUUGACCAGCAAUGUAAACAUUGUGAGAAGGAAUCGAUCAACCUUUCAUUGAAGAACUUAAUGACGUAUCCAUGGAUCGAAGAGCGGUUAAAACAGGAAUCGCUUGCUGUUCAUGGAGGAUACUAUGAUUUCUUGAGUUGUACAUUUGAGAAGUGGACUCUUGAUUACAAGAACACCUGCAAAGCUGCUGGUGAUGAUGAUCAUGGAUUUCAGAUCAAAAAUCAAUCAGUAUGGUGUUGAUAUCAUCUUUGUAAAGUUCAAAAGUCGCUGCUAUAUUUGUAAAUGGUGACAAAUAUUUUUACCAAUAAUUAUAAACACUCUUUACGUAAUUAAUAAUAAAUGUUUAACGAUUACGUGCUUUAGUUUCAAUA